UGAGGUUAAGCCAGAACAGUAUUCCUCAUUUGGUUGUCAGUUGACAUCUUUAUGAUUUGGACUAAAGAGUUAUUACUGCUUCAAAUAUUUUUGGUAGUACAAGUUGAAAAAUGCAAUCUAGUGGAGCAUUAAGAUCAUCGUUCAACAUAAAGAAAACAAAAAUCCUCACAACUAGACCGAUAAGCAAUGUCACGAUAAGUGGGGAAAAGAUUGAAGUUGUCAAGGAUUUCAUUUUACUUGGAUCCACAAUCAACACCUAUGGAAGCAGCAGCCAAGAAAUCAAAAGAUGCAUUGCAUCAAGCAAAUCUGCUGCAAAAGACCUCUUUAAAGUGUUGAAAAGCAAAGAUGUCACCUUGAAGACUGCAGUGCUCCUGACCCAAGCCAUGAUGUUUUCAAUUGCCCUCUAUGCAUGUGAAAGCUGGAUGAUGAAUAAGGAAGACAGAAGAAGAAUUGAAGCCUUUGAAUCAUGGUGUUGGAGACGAAUAUUGAAUAUACCAUGGGCUGCCAAAGGAAUGAACAAAUGUAUCUUGAGAGAAGUACAACCAGAAUGCUCCCUAGAAGCAAGGAUGGUAAGAGUACAUCUCACAUGCUUUGGACAUGUUGUCAGGUGGGAUGAGUCCCUGGAGAAGGACAUCAUGCUUGGUAAAAUAGAGGGUCAGCGAAAAAGAGGAAGACCCUAAUGAGAUGGAUUGACGCAGUGGCUACAACAGUGGGCUUAAGCAUAACAACGAUUGUGAGGAUGGCGCAGAACUGGGCAGUGUUUUGUUCUGUUGUACAUAGGGUCACUAUAAGUUGGAACUGACUCAACUGGCACCUAAAAACAACAAGAUCAUUGCAAGUAAACAAAUAUAUAAUAUUUGAGUCCUUAAAUGUACCUGUAUUCUUGUAAUAGGUUUAUAUCUAUUAGCUCAUUUAAUUCCCCCGAGAAGUCUGUAAGGUAAGUACUUUAUUAUUUUAUCCAUUUUAAAGAUGAGAAAAUUAAGACACUGUGAGGUUAACCAACCUGUGGAAGGUCACACAGUUAGUAAAUGGCAGAGCUGGAAUUUGAGCCCAGCCAGUCUGAUUGUGGAGCCUGCACUCUUAAUCACUUUGUGAUAUUACCUCUGAAUAAAGAAGAAAAGUUCAUAUUGUGGAAAGAGUUACAAAGGAAGUAAGACAGGGUGAUAUGAGAGAAUGACUGAAAGUGUUCGCAUAGUAUUUCUCUGGGAAGCCCUCUGUUAGGAGAUGACAUUUAACAGACAAGAAGGAGCCAGCCAGCCAUGUGAAGACCUGAGGAAAAAGGGAUCCUCGUGGGGGAACUGGAACUGCAAAGCCUUACAGUGCAGAAGACCUUAGGGUGUUGGAGGAAAGAAAGGCACCUGGUGUGUCUAGGUGUAGUGAGCAAGGUUGAAAAUAGUCCAUGAGGAUCUGUGUUGUUGUUGUUGUUAGGUGCCCUCAAGUCAUUUCCGACUCAUAGCAACCCUGUGCACAACAGAAUGAAACACUGCCCUGUCUGGGCCACGCUCACAGUUGUUGCCAUGCUUGAGCUCAUUAUUGCAGCCACUGUGUCAGUCCAUCUCGUUGAGGGUCUUCCUCUUUUACACUGACUUUCUACUUUACCAGGUGUGAUGUUCUUCUCCAGGGACUGAUCCCUCCUGAUAACAUGUCCAAAGUAUGUGAGACGUAGUCUCGCCAUCCUUGCUUCUUGCUUCUUGCUUCUAAGGAGCAUUCUGGUUGUACUUCCUCCAAGACAGAUUUGUUUGUUCUUUUGGCAGUCCAUGGUAUAUUCAAUAUUCUCCAACAACACAAUUCAAGGGUGUCAAGAAUCUGAAGAUCUAUAGUGCUUACUAAUCGCUUUGCUAUAAAUAAUUUAGUCCCCACAAUAACCUACUGUCUCAGUUUUAUACGUGAGGAAACUGAGUAGUCCGUAUUGCCAAAAUUACCUCUUUUCCUCCAUUUACUCAUUAUUCCAUGGCAAUCUGAUUUCUGCAUCUUUAUAUUACUAAAAUUGCUCUUGCUAAAGAAAGCAAUGACAAUACUGUUGUCCACUUUCUCAAAUUCUACACUUUGACUUCUACCAUGCCACCACCUUUUUCUGUUUAUCCUGGUCUACCUAACUCCUUUGCAUCCUUUAAGAGGCUUUGUCUCCUCCAGAAAGUCUUCUCAGACUCACACUCAUACUUGCAUUAUCGGGUUCCUCUUGGAAUAAUGUAUUAAUAACUGUAUUAUGUCAGUGCCUGGUACAAAGAAGGCACUCAGUAAGAAUUUGUUGAAUACAUACAUGUUGGAGAGGCAGUAUUAAGUAGUUGGCCCUAGACCCAGAUUGCCUGAGAUUGAAACCAGGCUUUGCCAUUUGACUGUGUUAUCUCUAUCUCAGUUUCUUCCCCUCAAAAAUGGGGGUGAUGAUGCCUUCAUAAGGCUGUUGUGAAGCUUAAAUUUGUUAGUGUAAGUAAAAGACUUAGAACGGUGCCUGACACUUUGUAAAUGUUUAGUGAAUGACCUACUAUAGCUAUUGUUGCCCUUAGAGUGUUUAAUAUGUGCCUCUUAACCGCACUAAGCUGUGAAUCAGUGAAUGAAUGAACCAACCAAUUCUGAGUUUUAAAAUGAAUGCUGCAUUCCUAGCUUUUGAGAAUGUCAUUGCAAGUUGACCAUUAGUCUUACUCUCUAGUAGCUCCAACAUUGAGUAUCGUGUAACAAAUUGGAAAUUAGCACUGAUGAUGAUUUAAAAAAAAAACCCACUUGAUGAUUAGCAUUUCUUAAUUGUGCUAAUGAAUUUGUUGCUUUUUAAAAUUUCAGUGCAUUUUUCUUAUUAAGAGCAUUGUUUAAACUCUUGAAAUGCCCUUUAUUUACUCUUAAUCUUCACAUAGCCCAUGCUAUAGCGUUUAGCCGCCUUCCCUGUUACGGUGAAGGUGGGAGACAGUAGCUCUGUUAAGAUACCACCUUUAAAAAAAAUUAAUGUGGGAGCUAAGACUGUUUGGAGCAUGUUGCAGAGAAAGGUUGAACAAGGGGGCAUAAUGGGGAAUUUGGAAAGCUUCCCAACUACUUCUGAGUCAAACCUGUGUGGUUUUCCGUCACUAUGUGGUUUAAAGUAAAGUCUCAGAAUAGUAGAGGCUCGUGAUCAAAUGCAAUUUUGGUAAGCACAUUCUAAAGGCAAUAAUCUUUUUUUUUAUGGCAAUUACUGUUGAAGUUUUCAUAAACUUUUCCUUUUAUCCUGAAUUUGAACACCAGAACUAGCUAUAUAAUCUUGGCAAAUUCCAUAGAAGUACAGCCUGUUUUCUUGUUUUUAUCUCUAUGCUGUUACAUUUGUAGAUUUUCCCAGUCUUCCUAAGUUUUUAUUAUGUGAAAUUGGUCAUAUUUCUUUACAAAAGCAAGCUUGUCUGUUUUAAACCCACAGACAGUAAAUAUUACUAGUAUUCAUUCUUUUUCAUCAUAUGUUUGAAAACUGUAGUUCUUGUUUUUUUUUUUUGUUAAUCUGAGUUGCCAAAGGAAACUUCUCCUCACUAACAGAUCAAUAAAAAAAAAAAAAUGGAAAACCUUAUGUAUCAGUCUUGUUUCGGAAGCUAAUGCUAUAUAAUGACUGUGGUAUUGGUGAACGCUUCCUUUGUUUAAAGGUCCCUAUUUUUUUUUUUUAUCUUCUAGCAUGGCAGCCCAGGUGGCCCAGUGGUUAAGCGCUUGGCUGCUAACAGAAAGGUUGGUGGUUCAAACCCACCCAGCUUCCCCAUGGGAGAAGGAUGUUGCAGUCUGCUUCCAUAAAAAUUACAGCCUUUGAAACCCUAUGGGGCAGUUCUACCCAGCCCACAGGGUUGCUUUGAGUUGGAAUCGACACGAAGGCAAUGGGUUUUUGGUCUUCUAAACAACAACAAAAAGAAACCAUUGCUGUUGAGUCGAUUACAACUCUUAGUGACCCUAUAGGACAGAGUAGAACUGCCCCAUAGAGUUGCCGAGGAGCACCAGGUAGACCUGAACUGCCAACCUUUUGGUUAGCAGCCAUAGCUCUUAACCACUACACAACCAGGGUCCUUUGGUCUUCUGGCACAGAAUAUUUAGUUGAGAACUCCAAAGUGAAAUAUUUUAAGAUAGAUCAGUGUGGAUGGAUGGGGAAAUCUAUAUCAUGAUAUUUAGGUGUGUUAGACAGGAUUAACCAUUAUCAGAAAAGAUCUACCCUCCCUUUUCCUCUUUUGGUCAAACUUAUAGUAAAUGAUAGUAUUUUCCUGUAAAAAAUAAUCCGUAGGGGGGAUGGGGAGCAAUUGCUUAAUGGGUGGGAUGAAUGGGUGAUCCUUUUGGGUUGAUGAAAAUAGACAGAGGUUCCCCAACAUUGUGAAUACACUAAAUGCCACUGAAUUGUUCACUUUAAAGUGGCUAAUUUUUUUUUUUUGUAAAUUUCACCUCCAAAAUAAUGCAAAAAAACUUUUUUUCUAACAAGCUCUACUAAGAUAUUCCCUAUCCCCUAAUCUUUCAUAUUUUUCUUUCUUAACACCAGAGCAUUGUAAUAGAAUUUUAUUCAUCCUGACUCACAACUAUCCUGAGGUUGGAUUUAUAGAAGGCUGUCUAAACCUGUUAUAGUUAGUGAGUUAGUGAAUAUUUCUCAUUUUCUUGCACUGAGGAAUGCUUGAAGAUGUCAAUUUAACAGCCAUUUUUUAAAGAAGCUUUUUUCACUCUAUGAUUAACUCACGUUUUGAUAUUCCUACUUGAUCGUGAGUUGGAGCUCAUGGCAGCUAACAACAAAAAUAACAACUUGACCUUGUCUUUUUUUUAGGUUUGUUUAAUCGAGAUUCAUUUGAUUUCAAGUAAUAGAAACAAAAUUCAAACUAACUUAGUCCAAAAAGGGAAUUAAUUGGAAGGAUACUGGAGAUUUCACAGUAUUUGUGUGGUGCAAACAGCUAAUGAGUUCUGCUGCUAACCGAAAGGUUGGACAUUUGAAUCUACCCAGAGGCUCCUUGAAAGAAAGGCCUGGCAAUGUACUUCCAAAAAGUCAGCCAUUGAAAACUCUAUGCAGUACAGUUCUGCUGUGACGUGCAUGGGGUCUCCAUGAGUCAGAGUCAACUGCAUGGCAACUGGAACUGGAAGAAGUACAGCCAGGCUUCAUGAGGGGAGGGUGAGCCAGGAACUGGAAACCUAUUAGUAACCCAGGGAGCUAUUUUUUUUACCACUCAGGGGCUCUGUUUCUCCCUACGUUUCAACUUCAAUUGUCUCUCUCUGUAUAUUGUGUUUUACCGCUGCGCAUGGCCAAACAUGUCCUCUGGCUCUUAAACUCAUACAUUUGCUCACGGUUCUGUGAUCCCAUUGUAAAACCCUGGGAGAAAAUCCAACUUGAGGGAAGUGUCUAUGUAUGGUCCAGUCAACUGUGGCCAGUGAAGCCAAAGUUUCACAGGACAUGAAUUUCAGGCCCCAUUUUUGUGGGAGGAGAAUGGCUGCGGGGUGUACAACUCUCAGAGGAGGAGGGUAUGGACUAAGCAGACGCUCUAAAAGGUGACGAUUACAAAGAAAUACUAAAUGAUGAGAAAUAAAAUUAAGAUUAAAAAAAAAUUUUUUGGGGCUUUAGGUGAAAGUUGACAGCACAAAUUCGUUUCUCAUUCAAAAGUUUAUACACAACUUGUUUUGUGACAUUGGUUGCAACCCCUGCAAUGUGUCAGCACUCUCCCCUUUGCUUUUGCACCCUGGGUUCCCCGUGUCCAUCAGGCUGGUGGAGGCUGUGGUUCAUGAGGUCUAUUAGUCCUUUGUAUUAAUAUUUCACUUGUGUGUUUGGUUUUCUUCAUUCUCUUUUCCUUUGGAUGGGAUGGGCCCAGUAGAUGUUAUCUUAGAUGGCCAUUCACAAGCUUUUAAGACCCUAGAAAAAAUUAAGAUUUUAAUGAAAUAAAAGGGAUCGCUUAGUGGCUUCGUAUAGUAAUAAAGACCUUAAAAAUAUUUUAUCCUAAGCCCACAGGUGAUUGUUGUGAAAUCUGUGAAACACCUUCCUUUUUAAAGUAAAAGCCAGUAGAGCUGAUUUCUUAGCUUCUGCAUGCAGAAUUUGAAGUUUGAGUCAUGUUAUUUCAUGAAUGCAUAUAAGUGAAUAUAUACCUUCUUUAACCUUAUAUUAAUGUCAUUAUUCAUAUAGCUUGCUGUUCUUUAUGCAGUAAGCAUGUAUUCACUGCCUAUUCUCUGCCAGUCCUGGCAGAGAUUAGAGAUGUAACAUUGCCUACUCCCUAACAGUUCAUAAUCUAGUUAUGAAGGGUGGAUGAACAAAGAAAUAAUUACAGUGUUAAUGGGAUAAUCCUAAUAGACUUAGAUGCAGGAUGCUCUUGAAGCAUAAGGAAAGAAAGUGACAAUCUCUCAUGGGGAAAGAGACUUGCGAAGGUUCAAAGAGCAAGUCUCAGAUAUUAUGCAGGAGCUGGCCAUUUGAACAGGGGCAUUGUAGCAGAGGAACUGAAAUUGCAAAGGCGUGUGUGCUAUAAACCAAACUGUAAACCAAAAGCCAAACCCAUUGCCGUGGAGUCAAUUCCGAAUCAUUGCGACUCUACAGGACAGAGUAGAACUGCUCCUUAGGGUUUCCAAGGCUGUAAAUCUUUAUAGAAGCAAACUGCCACAUCUUUCUCCCACAGACUGGCUGGUGGGUUUGGACCGCCAGUCUUUUGGUUUGCAGCAAAGCGUUCAACCACUGAGCCACCAGGCCUCCUUUGUAUGACUGUAGCAUGGGUAUUUUGUAAUAAGUGAAUUUUUUUACCAUACAAUUUAAUAAAACAAAUUAAAACUCUUCUUUCAUACCUGUCCUUCAUGUGGUUGUGAAUACUGCCUUUUUUGAAGGAGGGUUAUAGAUUAUAGAAUACUCAAAUCAUUUUGGUCUGUAACUUUGAUGCCACAUUUGAGAAUGAGGUGUCACUGAUUGUUUGCUUCUAGACUCUUAUCAAAAUCUUCUAGUAGUGGUUUAUUAGUUUACUUUUAUGAUAAUUUUCCUGUUCAAGCAUAGAUCUUCAUACAAUGGGUGACCGAAAAUGCUGGAGCUUAUAAAGCUUAUGAAGACAAAAAUAAACAGUGAGAACAGUGCAUAGUGUAAGCCUAAUGUAAUUUUAAAGAUAAAUCUCUAAAAUGAUUGUUGUUGAUACUGAAAUUUUCUAAUUUUGGAGAAGAAAGCCCAGAUAAGAUAGAUAUACUUUUAUAAGAUGUUAUUUUUCAUUAGUGUUUUUUCCCCAGUAAAAUUGUACCUGCCUUUCUUAAGCAAAACCCUCGUAGGUUGUUGUCAGAAUACUCUGUGCUUCAUUGCUCUGAUCGGUUGAUUUACUUCUCUUUUCAAUUCCUUUAUUUACUCAUUCAUGAUUCCUGCAUCAAAAAUAACCAACCAACCAAGCAAAAAAAAAACCCCCCAAAAACCCCGGGCUCUGUAGUUAACUAUUCUGAGACGUGAUUGAAGUGAGGAGGAGAGAAAAGGAGGUAGUUGUGGCCAGCUUGGCAGUGCCCGUGGCCAUGUGUGAGUGUCCGUUUCAAGCAUGAGGUUUGUUUUCAUACAGCAAGUUCAAAAAUAUACCAAAUUGUGGCCACUUCUCACUCUCUUUCACAGACCCAUCAGUUUGCCUUCUGUCACUUUUGUCCUUCAGAUAAGCUUUUCCUAUUGUGUGGGAAGGAGGUGAUAAGCAGAAAAAAUAAAAGAUGAUAUAGAUGCCUUUGUGUUUGCUGCUUCUUUUGUUUGGAAUACCUUUCCAUUUCUUUCCUGUCACCCUACUCAUAUUUCAGGAUUUAAGUGAUACCUCCUUUUCUGACCCCUCCAGCCUCAGCUGUGUAUCCUGCUUGUGCUCUGUGUGCCUACUCCUGUUAGAGGCUUACCGCUAAUUGUAAUUACUUGUCUGCCUUCUCUAUUAGAAUUUGGACUCUUAUAAGACAGGCUCAUGUCUUAUUUGUCUUUGUGUUCCCAGUGCCUAGUACAAGAGCCUGGUACAUGGUCAAGAUACCAGUUCAGGGUCCAUGUUUGCAAACAACAGAAAUCAGCUUUGGUUAGCUGAAGCCAAAGAAAAAGAGUUUUAUUGGAAGGAUAUUGGUUAGCUUAUAGAAUUGAUUGAAGGCUGAACAACCAGGUUCAGAGAACAGAUGGGAAACAAGGAAAACUUAGGGCUAAACCAUAACCAAAGUUAGACCAUAGGAAUAUCCUAUUUUUGUUUAAGAUACCAUUGACUCCUCCACAGAACACUGAAUGGCAUUUCUGGAACGUUGUCUCUGGGUGCUAUAUGUUAUUGCCCUAAAAAUGAAUUUUAAACUGUCUCUGCAACUUAAGCUCCAGACUCAAAUCCUGCAUGAGAACAUCUGAUUGACCAAUCUAUGUGCCUGGUCCCUAAAUAGGGAGAGCAAGUAUCUGGCCUUUUUGGCUUUUGGUUUGUUCUAGGGCUCAGCUGUCUCCAAGACACACAUAGUAGCAGAUUCUCUAAACAUAGGGGAGUAGAUGAUGGACAGCCAGAUACAAAGCUGACACAUGUCCAUUUCCAUAAACAUUCGGUAAAUACUUGUCAAAUGAAUGAGAGAAUCAGAUUCACAUAAUUUCCUGUCUCUAAACCUUUACAUACCAAACACUGAAGUGAUUAGUGGGUUGCCAUUCUGUAAUUCAAAACAAAAUCAAUACCAAGCCAUAAAAUAAGUAAUAUCAGCAAAAUUCUCAUUUUUUUAAAUGACAACCUAGUGCCGCCGAUUUAUUCCGACUCAUAGCGACCCUAUAGGACAGAGUAGAACUGCCCCACAGAGUUUCUAAGGAGCACUUGGCGGAUUCGAACUGCCGACUCUUUCGUUAGCAGCUGUAGCACUUAACCACUACGCCACCAGGGUUUCCUUUAAAUGACAAGUACCUCACUAUUAAGUGAUUUAAAUUAAAUCUAAACAUUUCCUGGCGCCCCUGUUUUGCAGUGCCCUGAUCACGUGUUUAUUUGCUUAUCAGAUAAUCUAACACUGGUUAGAGCCAGGAUUUGAACUUGACAAGACUGAUUCCGUAACACUUACUACUGUGCCUUUUAUAUACUCCUCAUAUAGCUGUAGUCAGCAAUCUUUAAUUAAAACAACAACAAACUAAUAUUUUAUAGAACUCAGUCAGAGAAAUGUCUCUGCUUGCUUAAAAAAAACAAAAGAAGUUUUUAUUUCUAAGCCAUCUUAUCCAUCAACUAUAAUACAAGGUUUUAUGACAACCAGUUCAGAAAAUUUUGGGCAACAUCUACCAGUUUAAUAUACAUAUACCUAUAUCCGAGCAAUUUUAUUCCUAGGUAUAUUCCAAAAACAGACCAAAAUAUGCAUGCACUUGUCCAUUAAAAGACAUAUAUUAUUUAUAAUAGCCUGACAUGAGAAACAAGCCCAGUGUCUAUUAACAGUAGAAGGAAUGGAUGAAAUUGUGGUGUGUAUAUACAUAUAUAUUUUUUAAAUUGUGGUGUCUUCUUAACAUGAAAAACUAUAAAGAACUGGAAAUGAACAAACCACUGCUAUGCAUAUGAGUGUGGCUGAAUCUCAGAAAUACACGAAGUGAAAAAAGAUACACCGAAGGAACACGUAACUGUUCUUUCAUGUUCAGUUUAUAUAAAGUUUAGAAACAGGCAAAAUCUAGUGUUAGAAGUCAAGAUAGUGGUUCCCUUUGAGAAGACUGGAGGGGGCUUCCUGUUACUGGUAAUGUUCUAUUCUUGACCUGGGAGGUAGUUUUAAUGGGUAGCGUGUUCACUUUGUGAUACUAUACGUAUGUUACACGUAUGUUAUACUUUAGUUAAAAAGCAAAAAAAACAAGAAUCAGACUUGUGUAUGGAUUUGCAUGGGGAGUGGCUCAGCGAACCCCUAAAAUCGUGUGUAAAUUUAUAUCUGUGUGUCUGUGUGUGUAUUUUAGGGGAAAGAUGAUCCGUAGCAGUAAUUAGAUUCUCGAAUGGAUUUAUGACUCAAAAAAGGUUAAGAACCCACAUCACCAGAGCCUGCAUAUUCAGCAAAACUCUUGUUAAUUUAAAAAUAUUUUUUAUGGAAAGCUUAUUUAUUAUAAUGGCAUAAAUCCUUGCCUCUAAGACCAGACCCUAUUUAUGUUUGGGAUCUUAUCCCCUCACGCGUUCUCAGGGUUUUCGCUUUUACAAACAUCCUCUUUCUUUCCCACAUCCUCUUUUCUCUCUGUAUUGGCGAUUGCCAUCAGCAUACCUCCCUUAAGUACAUUCUUUUUUUUUUUUUAAAGCCCUCUGUUGAUUUCAUGUCUUCUUUCAGUGACUGCUCCAUUUCCCUGCUGUCCUUUACAUCUAUACUUCCUCACCUCUCCUCAGCCCUUUCCAGUUGGGCAUUCUUUGUUACCACUUUACUGAAAUGGCUCUUCUCAAGGUCACGUUGAUUGGAGACUUGCUGAUGCCAACAAUUAAAUAUGUCUCUGGGAGGAAGUGGAGUGAGAGUGUCUCAGUGUUUCUCAAACUCUGAGGCUUGCAGAAGUCACAUAUUGAGAUCUGGCAUCAUUUUCAGAGAGACCUUCAGUAAUGUUCUGGAAGCUCUGCUGAAACCUGUUCAGCAUCCUAGCAACACAGGAGCAUCCACUGACAGAUGGGUGGUAGCUGUGUAUGAGGUGCACUGGUUGGGAAUCAAACCCUGGCCUCCCACACAGAAGAUGUGACCUUCUGUAAUGGAAGAUGAUUGAAGACAAGGGACCUCGUGUUGCUGACUACUUUGUGGUAGCAGGAUUAACUGAUGUUUCAAAGCCUCUUGAAGAAGAAAUUCACUUCAAUGAUGCCUGUCAUAAAGUAGCUAAACCAAAAGAACCUAUCACAGAUGUUUCAGUUAUUAUUAAAUCUCUGGGGGAGGAGGUACCACGGGAUUAUGUAUGUAUCGAUGUUACUCCAACUGGAUUAUCAGCUGAUCUCAAUAAUGGAAGUCUUGUGGGGCCACAGAUUUACCUUUGCUAUAGAAGAGGAAGAGAUAAGCCCCCACUCACAGAUCUGGGGGUUUUGUAUGACUGGAAAGAAAGAUUGAAACAGGGCUGUGAAAUUAUUCAGAGUACACCUUAUGGACGCCCUGCAAAUAUUAGCGGCAGUACCUCAUCACAGAGAAUUUAUGUCACUUACCGAAGAGCCUCUGAAAACAUGGCACAGAAUACGCUGGCUGUCACAGACAUAUGCAUUAUUAUACCCAGCAAAGGAGAAAGCCCACCACACACAUUCUGCAAAGUUGACAAGAAUCUCAAUAACAGUAUGUGGGGAUCAGCAGUGUACUUAUGUUAUAAAAAAUCCGUGGCAAAGACUAACACUAUAUCUUACAAAGCUGGUUUAAUUUGUAGAUAUCCCCAAGAGGAUUAUGAAUCAUUCUCACUACCAGAAUCUGUUCCCCUCUUUUGUUUACCAAUGGGUGCAACUAUUGAAUGUUGGCCACCAAACAGCAAAUACCCUCUCCCUGUGUUUUCUACCUUUGUGUUAACUGGAGCAUCAGCUGAAAAGGUCUAUGGUGCUGCUAUUCAGUUUUAUGAACCAUACUCUGAGGAGAAUCUCACGGAAAAACAGAGAUUUCUUUUGGGAUUAACAUUGCCGGCAGAUGGAAAGCCUGAUAGUUCCAAAACAAUUCACACUAGUAAAUGCAUUUGUCUUCUUUCUCACUGGCCCUUUUUUGAUGCAUUCAAGAAGUUUCUGACUUUUCUAUAUCGUUAUUCCAUCUCUGGACCUCAUGUCCUUCCAAUUGAGAAGCAUAUUUCUCAUUUUAUGCACAAAGUUCCUUUUCCAUCUCCUCAAAGACCACGGAUUUUAGUUCAGUUAUCACCACAUGAUAAUCUGAUUCUCAGUCAACCUGUUUCUUCACCUCUCCCACUAAGUGGUGGCAAGUUUUCAACACUACUUCAGAAUUUAGGCCCUGAAAAUGCCGUGACAUUACUGGUGUUUGCAGUAACAGAACAUAAAAUCCUCAUUCAUUCCUUGCGGCCUUCCGUGCUUACUAGUGUGACAGAAGCACUAGUGUCUAUGAUUUUCCCGUUUCACUGGCCAUGCCCAUAUGUUCCUCUCUGCCCACUGGCUUUAGCAGAUGUCUUGAGUGCACCAUGUCCAUUCAUAGUAGGGAUUGAUUCAAGAUACUUUGAUCUCUACGAUCCUCCCCCAGAUGUUAGUUGUGUUGACCUAGACACCAACACCAUUUCUCAAACUGGAGACAAGAAAAAUGUAGCCUGGAAGAUACUUCCAAAGAAGCCGUGUAAAAAUCUGAUGAACACUCUGAAUAAUUUGCACCAGCAGUUAGCAAAAUGGCAGCAGAGACCGAGAGAUGAUGGACUGAUGGACUUAGCAAUGAACGACUAUGAUUUUAAUUCUGGAAAGAGGUUGCAUAUGAUAGAUUUGGAAAUCCAAGAGGCAUUUUUGUAUUUCAUGGCCUCUAUUUUAAAAGGUUAUAGAUCGUACUUAAGGCCAAUAACACAAGCCCCAUCUGAGACAGCCACAGAUGCAACCUCUCUUUUUGCCCUACAAGCUUUCUUAAGAAGCCGGGAUCGGUCGCAUCAAAAAUUCUAUAACAUGAUGACCAAAACACAAAUGUUUAUUCGCUUCAUUGAGGAGUGUUCUUUUGUCAGUGAUAAAGAUGCAAGCCUGGCAUUUUUUGAUGAUUGUGUAGAUAAAGUAGAUAUGGACAAGAGUGGUGAAGUGCGACUUAUAGAACUGGAUGAAUCUUUCAAAAGUGAACAUACUGUUUUUGUAACACCACCUGAGAUCCCCCAUCUGCCCAAUGGUGAAGAGCCCCCUUUACAGUACAGCUAUAAUGGAUUUCCAGUUCUUAGGAACAAUUUAUUUGAGAGACCUGAAGGAUUUCUACAAAUGCGAAAGAGCAAAUUGCCUUCAAAAUCAAGCAGUCCUAGUAGUCCUUCUCCCAUGUUCAGAAGAACAAAACAGGAAAUUAAAUCAGCCCAUAAAAUUGCAAAGAGGUAUUCUUCCAUCCCUCAGAUGUGGUCUAGGUGUCUGCUGCGUCACUGUUACGGACUGUGGUUUAUUUGUCUCCCGGCUUAUGUGAAAGUCUGUCACUCAAAAGUCAGGGCUCUAACAACAGCAUAUGAUGUGCUAAAAAAAAUGCAGUCCAAAAAGAUGGAUCCACCUGAUGAGGUGUGCUACCGCAUUCUGAUGCAGCUGUGUGGGCAGUAUGAUCAGCCAGUGCUUGCGGUCCGAGUGCUGUUCGAGAUGCAGAAAGCCGGCAUCGACCCCAAUGCCAUUACUUACGGCUAUUAUAACAAGGCUGUACUGGAAAGUACCUGGCCUUCAAGAAGUCGUAGUGGCUAUUUUCUUUGGACAAAAGUAAGGAACGUUGUUUUGGGAGUAGCACAAUUCAAAAGAGCUUUAAGGAAACAUGCACGCUUAUCGCAAACAACCCUCUCAGCAGAUGGCAGUGACCUGGAUGCUGUUAGUCAUGACAGCAUGGAUAGUGGUCAUGGGACACACACUGUGGAGCAGGCAUCUUUUAACACAGGUUUAAUCAAAGUGUAUGCUGCUGAUGAUAGAUCCAGUACAGGUGGUCAGUCUGAUCUUGGGUAUAAUUCAUUAUCUAAGGAUGAAGUUAGAAGAGGGACUGUAUCUACUGAAGACAUUCAAGAAGAAAGAGAAGAUAGGAAAGGAAGUGAUUGUAGUUCCCUGUCAGAGAGUGAGAGUACAAAAGGAAGUGCUGAUUGCCUUCCUAAGCUCAAUUAUCAGAAUUCUUCCAGUAUAGUUCGCCUCAGUGGUACAAGUAACAAGAGUGCUGAUAAAAUAUCAGAAGAAACCACAGAAAGCACACCUGAGCUGCUGUUAAUAUCAUCUUUUGAGGAUUCAAACAAAACAGGAAACAUUCAAAGUAGAUGCUUCAGGAAAAGACAUAAAAGUGACAGUGAACAUAAUUUACAGCCACAAAUGGCCUGGGGAAACAGAAACCGUAAUCUUAGUGGAGGAGUACUAAUGGGACUUAUGCUCAACAGAAUUAACCAGGAAGCAAACCCUGGAGAUAUAGUUGAAAAGUUAGGAGCUGAUGCAAAAAUUCUUUCAAAUGUUGUCUCAAAAAGCACAAGACCAAAUAGUCUUGAUAUUGGAAAGCCACCUUUAAGAUCAAAAAGAGAUAGUCUAGAAAAGGAAUCUAGUGACGACGAUACACCUUUUGAUGGUUCUAACUGUUUGGUAGAUAAAGUGGAGUCUCCUGUUAUUUUUGACUUGGAAGACUUAGACAAUGAAACAGAUGGAGCAAAAGCAAGAUAUGUUGCCUCACAAAAUCCCAAGAGGAUUCAACGUAUGAACAGCAGUUUUUCAGUGAAACCUUUUGAAAAAACUGAUGUUGCAACAGGAUUUGAUCCCUUAUCUCUUUUGGUUGCUGAGACUAAACAGCAACAAAAAGAAGAGGAGGAGGAAGAUGAAGACGAUGACAAAAGUGUUUCAACACCAACUACUAGGCGUGAUUUAGCUGAAGAAAUUGUGAUGUAUAUGAAUAACAUGAGUAGUCCAUUGACAAGUCGCACACCAAGCAUUGAUUUACAACGGACGUGUGAUGAUAAAUUAACCAGUAAGAAAAGUCCAGCAUUGGUCAAGGCAGGCAGAAGAUCUAGCCUCCCUCCUAAUUCUCCAAGGCCAGCGAGACUUACUAAAUCUAAAAGUUAUACAAAAAGCGAUGACAGACCAAGAGAUAGACUUUGGUCUUCUCCAGCCCUCUCACCUACUUGCCCAUUUAGGGAAGAAUCUCAAGAUACAUUAACUCAUUCAUCACAUUCAUUUAAUUUAGAUACACUACUAGUACCUAAACUAGAUAUUCUAAGGAAUAGUAUGUUCACUGCUGGAAAAGGAGUUGCAGAGAAAGCAAGCAAAUGGUAUUCAAAAUUUACCACAUAUACUGCAUCAUCUAAGGAUCAAAGUUCUGAUCGUACCAGUCUUUCUUCAGUGGGAGCCCAGGAUUCCGAAUCUACCUCUUUAACAGAUGAAGAUGUCUGCCAGGAGCUGGACGGAGCUGCUUCCUCUCAGGAGAGCAGUGCUGCUUCAGGGACUAAGGGAAUUGAUCUCAGCCGAACAAGCCUGGAAAGUUCUGCCUCCUUAGAAGGAUCCCUGUCAAAGUUUGCCUUACCUGGGAAAUCAGCAGUGCCAUCUUCCUGCAGCACAAGUAAUACGAAUAUCUUCCACAACUAUGCAAUGGAGGUUCUCAUUUCAAGUUGCUCUCGCUGUCGAACCUGUGAGUGUCUCGUCCAUGAUGAGGAGAUCAUGGCUGGCUGGACAGCAGAUGAGUCAAAUCUCAACACCACAUGUCCGUUUUGCGGCAAUCUUUUCUUACCCUUUCUAAAUAUUGAAAUAAGAGAUUUAAGACGACCUGGAAGGUACUUUUUAAAGUCGAGCCCAUCUACAGAAAAUCUGCAUUUUCCAUCUUCCCUUCCAAGCCAGACGAGGCAGUCUUGCAUCUCAGCAUCAGCCUCUGGUCUUGAUGCGUCUUUUGUCUCUGUCCAAGGGAACUUUGCUCCAAAUAGCAAAUCUAAACCACAAGAGAAUUCAUGUGCCCGAAGUAUUCAGAUCCCUGCUGAUAGAUCAAAAACAGCUAUGUCAAAAUGUCCAAUAUUUCCAAUGGCCCGGAGUAUUAGUACUUACGGCCCCUUGGAUAAGGAAGAAACUGGAGGACAGAAGCUCAUUCCAACAGGCAGCCUGCCAGCUACUUUACAAGGAGCUACAGAUUCUCUAGGAUUAGAAUGGCACCUCCCAAGUCCAGACCCUAUCACUGUUCCGUAUCUCAGUCCUUUAGUGGUAUGGAAGGAACUUGAAAGCUUAUUGGAAAAUGAAGGUGAUCACGCAAUAACAGUGGCAGACUUUGUGGACCACCACCCAAUUGUUUUUUGGAACCUAGUGUGGUAUUUUAGACGCCUUGACUUGCCCAGUAACUUACCUGGAUUGAUUCUUUCUUCUGAGCAUUGUAACAAGUAUUCAAAGAUUCCCCGCCACUGUAUGUCUGAAGAUAGUAAAUAUGUUUUAAUACAAAUGUUAUGGGACAAUAUGAAAUUACAUCAGGAUCCGGGACAACCCUUGUACAUCCUCUGGAAUGCCCACACCCAGAAGUAUCCAAUGGUCCAUUUAUUGCAAAAAGGUGACAACUCAUUCAGCCAGGAACUACUGAAAAGUAUGGUAAAAAGCAUUAAAAUGAAUGAUGUCUAUGGACCAAUGAGUCAGAUUUUAGAGACACUGAAUAAGUGUCCACAUUUUAAAAGACAGCGAAGUUUAUACAGAGAAAUAUUAUUUCUCUCACUUGUGGCACUGGGAAGAGAAAACAUUGAUAUAGAUGUAUUUGAUAAAGAGUACAAGAUGGCAUACGAUCGUCUCACACCUAGUCAAGUCAAAAGUACACACAACUGCGAUAGACCACCAAGUACUGGGGUGAUGGAAUGUCGAAAAACCUUCGGAGAACCUUAUCUUUAAGAUGUGCGUGUGUGUGAGUGAGUGUGUGUAUGUAUGCAUUCAAUAUGUAUUGUAUAGUCAGUGUGUAAAAUAACACUUUUAGACGCUAAAACUUUUUCUUCAAUUUUUGAAAAUACAUUUGUAAAUGGUUCAGAAGGCCCGGAUACCUUUGUAUAUGUACAGAAUGUUUUCAGAAGAAGAAUAGUAACAAAUGGGGAGAGAGCCACUUUGUUUCUCAUUUCUUGUUCUUUUGCCUUUAAAUCCCCUUAAUAAGUAAUUAAGUAUUUUUGUUAUGAGGAAAUCUGUAAACAAAAUUAGUUGCCAUAAAAUUACUUUUACGGUUUCUCUUGGAAGAGACAGAUUGAAAAAUCAUGUCUGGAACCUAAACAGAAAUGUAAGAUCAGAGUAUCCCCUGUUUUCAUAGACUAUUCAAAUGUUUUAGCCAUAAAGUUGUAUUAUACAUAUUUUAAAUUGUUUAUAGUAAGUUGCUAUUUUUUUAAUUUUUAAACUUAAUAUAGCAAAUAUAAAAUUAAGUACUUAUUUUCCUUGUCUGCUGCUAUUUGAAGUACUUGGUUCAGCUGCAGAUCUUUGUAUAUAAAUAUAUAUAUAUAUAUUUUUUUUUUUAAUUUGGGAGAAUGAUCCAAAAAUGUCAGUGCUAAUGUCCACGUUGCCCUAGGAUUGCAUGUUAGUGUCAUUGCCUGACCACAGUGAGUCAUGUGAAGGGUGGCAUGCACGCCCAGACCGACUCAUUGAUCCUCAUGAAAGGGGAGCCAGAGAGGGCCCAGGUCUGCAUCUGCAAAACCAGGCUCAACAAACCAUGAUUCAGAAUUUUCUCUUGCUAAUAUAUAUAUACUGUAUACAGGGAAAAUAGCUUACAAAGCCAAAUAUCAAUUUAAAUUUUAGUAUUCUACAUGAAAAUGUAUUUUUGGAAAUGUCAGGCAAUUGACCCUAACCUAAAUUUUACCCUUAUUUUAAGACUUAAAUUAUUGGGUACGAUGCAAGUUAUACUACAGAAUAUUUCCCCGGAAUAUGACCUACUGAGGUAUUCUGUUAAUACUAUAUAUAAAAAUUCAAAAUAUUUUUACAAAAGUAGAAAAAUAGUACUCUCUAAAAGUAUAAUAGCCAGAUAGAAUUUCCCAUAUUGAGGAAUUUGGCUUUUUCGACAAGCCUUCAGAAUCUGAAGUUUGUGGAAUCUAAAACCCAGAAGUAGCCAGAAAUCAGACAAUAAAUUGAAUGUUUAAGUACCAUGAGUAUAAAAAAGACUAGAAUACGUUUUUAGUCCCAUUAUUUCUGCUGUCACUGUCUUUGGGUAGCUUCUGAUAGAGAAAAUUAUAUCCUCUGGCUGUGAGAACUAUAAAUUUUCAGGAUGUGUAUAUGUACCUUCACACACACUGUCAUUAAUGAAGGAGCUCUGUAGCCAAUUUCAAAGAAGAAAUAAAAGGAUGAUCCCAAAUUAGGUGUGUAAAGCCAGCAGAGUCCACAGCACGUUCAGAUGCAGAAAGCCACCUUUAGCAUUCACACCAGUAGUGAAUAGCACCAAGCUGAAACGUUUCACAGCUUUCUACCCUGGGAAACAAUGGAGAGUUUAAAAAUGUAAAACUGUCAGCUCAGUUUGGGGCUGAACUUGCUUACUUGAAAAAUCUGGUGCUAUGCACACGUAUCUGCCUCCCUUUUGUAAAUACCACCCCAGUUUUACCCUCCUUCCUAUCCCAUCCAAACUUCAUAUUCUAAUCCAGUCUUCUGUUCUCGAAAUUAUUUGAAAGUUGUCAAAUGAGAAAAAUAUUUGAUAGGUGAAGCUUUUGGCAUUGUUGGUAAAUAGCCUUCCAAACAGGAUUCUGGGGUUAUGUUACCUUUGUUCCUUCCCCUGUAAGUAAGCAGUUUUUGCUAUUGUUUAUCUUUUCUUUAAUUCGAGAACUAUAUAGGAAACACAGAUUAUUGAUUUCAAAUAUCUGACCAAAAAGGAGUGAGUUAAAGCCCAUUCUUUAUGGUUCAAACUCAUUUGGAAAGUGAAUGUAAUCCCCCCGCCACCCCCCCAAAAAAAAACUGGGUUUCUGUUUUGGGGUGAAGUUUUGUUUUCCCUACUUUUAAUCCCCAGGGAAUAUUAUUUGCAUAAAUUUAGUCGUUAAAAAUAAAACUUAAAAACAUGCAUAGAAAAUGGUACACCCUGCUUAGAAGAAAAUAUGGAUCAUCCUUUGAAAUAACUAUACAAACUUCUCUUCAGUUUUCUCUGUUGACCGUAUAUUUUGGAGAAUCAUGGCCAAUCAUGUUGGAGAGAAAUGCUCUUUCACUCUCUUAUUUCUUGUUCUCUUAUUCUUAGUUUUGUUUAUAUGUUUAAAUUGUUGAAAAUAAACCAUGCUGUGUGCUGGU